CCUCUCACAAAGUACGCAUCGUCCGUUCUCUUCGACCAAAACCCCCAUCUGAUCCCUCUUCUCUCCUCGGAUUCGCCCUCCGUUAUCGAACUCCUUCCUCUUUUCGCCGCAGCGCCUCCGAGGAUGGACCCUUUGUCGGUCCUCCGGGAUUACACGGUCCAGGGGAAGCUGGACCAGAUCCUCCGGGUGGGCGACGAGUUCCGGUUCGGCUCGGAGUAUGCCUUCCCCUGCUCCGCCGACACCGCUUACCGCUCCAAGCAGGGCAGCCUCUACACCCUCGAGACCCUCCUCUUCUUCGUCCGCCACCACCACCUCAAGCACACCGACUACCUCCAGUCCGCCCGCAGCCUCCGUCUCCCCUCCGUCACCCUCCCCGACCGCAAACCCCUCCUCGACUACCUCCUUGGCCAUACCUCCUCCGCCGACGCCAUCGAAUUCCUUCCCCCCUCCGCCGCCGCCCCCGACGUCGAGGAGUACCGCCCCGACGAUCCCUCCUUCCUCCCCUCCGCCGCCGCCGCCGCCGCCCACCAGCCCCACCUCCCCGACGCUGCUAGGGUUCCGGUUGAUCGGAGAAGCGUCGACUAUAUGGCGAUGAUCCGGACCCUGGAGCGGCCGCUCAAGGACCGGGAGGCCCUCCUGCAGUGCCGCAACCGCGACUUCUACGGCGUUCUCGUCGCCUCCACGCGCCGCGAGGAGGAGCGGCAGCGGCUCGAGUCGCAGCAGCGCAAGGACGGCCUCGUCGCUAAGACCCGUCUCAUUGGAACCGAUGACCGCGCCGGCGGGGACGACCUCGACGGCGCCGCACCCAAGCCUAAGAUGCACCUCAAGGGGAGCAAGAUCGGGGAGGGGGUGCCCAUCAUUCUUGUGCCGAGCGCGUCCCAGACGCUCAUCACCAUCUACAAUGUCAAAGAAUUCUUGGAGGAUGGGGUGUUUGUGCCCACGGAUGUGAAGAUGAAAGCGAUGCGGGGUGUGCGGCCGGACUGUGUGACAGUGCAGAAGAAGCUGAGCAGGGAGCGCGCUGUGGCGGCGUACGAGGUUCGGGACAAGCCGUCCACACUCAAGCCCGAGGAUUGGGACCGGGUCGUCGCUGUCUUUGUGCUUGGCAAGGAGUGGCAGUUCAAGGACUGGCCGUUCAAGGACCAUGUCGAGAUCUUUAACAAGAUCAUUGGGUUUUUUGUGCGAUUUGAGGAUGAUAGUGUGGAAUCUGCAAAGACAGUGAAACAGUGGAAUGUCAAGAUUAUCUCAAUUAGCAAAUUCAAAAGGCAUCAAGAUAGAGCUGCGGCAUUGGAGGUGUGGGACCGCCUGGAAGAGUUCAUCCGGUCACGCUCCCAUGCAUGAAAUGUUUUAAUUCCCGAGACAAUUUUAGCUUGGAUUAUUCCCUGCUCAUUCUUCGAGGAACCAAGAGAUGCAUUUAAGGCCAUUAGGUUUACCUCACGGAGCAGACGGUGGUGGUGAGGUGGUAUCUGCCGUGGUAUUGAAGUAGAUGUCUGUAUCAUAGUGCCAUUCAUCGAUGGAGCUGUUUUUUGUUGUAAAAAAAUUGCUGUUAGUCGUGAACCAAGAGAGAGAUUCUUUUUAUUGGAAUGACUCCUAAUAUUGCACUUGAAACUGGGGUGUGGCACCUGAUGUUUUGGCAUCAUCGUCGUUGUCGUCCUCAUCGCAAGCCUUACACAGGUGGACUGAACGUUCUUUAACAAUGGGGACUCCAAGCAAAGAGGAUGCCGUGCUAUCAACUACAGUGCAGAGGCGUAGCGGAUGAGCGUGGAUGGCAUGGGGGGAGUUGCAGGGAGCAGUCAGGGGAAGGAAAAUCAGUGGUAACGUAGAUAGUCUGGUCUGUUUGUAGGUUAUCAAUCUAUAUUCUAUUAGAACUAGUUGCGUUCAAGUAGCUGCUGAGAGUGACUGACAUAAGCGGGUGAGCCUUCUUUGAGUAAGAAUGCAACUGGAGUGAUGGACACAUGAAAAGAGGAUGAAAAGAGUAUAAUAUAUGGCAUGAGAGAGGCUAUUUAUAUCAUAAUCAGUGGUAGGUAGGAAGAAGAUUUCUGGAAGAAAGAAUGAUUAGAGUUGGACUUGCAUCAAGCCAAGGCCACCAUGCCACCAGUCUGAAUUCUGAACUGUUGUGGUGGAUUGGGUAAAUACUGAUGAUAGAAAGGAAGGGACUUCAAAUUACCUAUGAAGCACUUUGAGGUUUAGAAAGAUGGAAAUUGUCCUGAAGGAAACUUUUGCCUUUGUUUUGCAUUGUUAAAGGAAGGUCUGCUAGGUGGAAAGGCGGUUCGUUGGCUUUGUCAAGUUAUUCCGCCCAACCUUUCCCUGAUGAUCUUUUUGUCUGCCUUAGUUGUCUUGUUCUCUUCUCAGUGUUGUAAUUUUGCUCUUCCCUUCUCUUUCUUUCUUUUCUUGUAAUUUUUUCUCUCCAUUAAUAAAUCAGGGCGACCCUGGCCUUCCUUUUCUCUUCA